CACCGAACACGCAUAAGCCGUCGGUGGCGCGAAGCCGGCUUGCGAAGGAUACGUGUGCGCCCUGCUAGUCUAGAAGCAAGCGACGUGGUGGUGCCCUGAGCGGACUGUACCUAGCCAGUACGAGCCCAUCUGACCCACGGCUCUGUCAGGGUCACCUGUAGGCCUCUAGCUAGAAACGAAUACCAUUGUUUGAACUGGGAGCGUGACAUUACGUUCUCCACUUCCUCUUCUGGGUUGCCUGGCGUUCUGUCAGAAUCUAACUGUCUCUGAAGGUGGCAGCCAGGACUGAGUGUUUGGGCAUAGAAUAUUGCGGAGACCUUCCGAACACACGAGGUCCAACAAAAGAAGUCUGAAUCUUGAGAAUUAGAGGAGACAUUGCUGUAAACGUCCUCAAACGCAGUUAGGCUAGGAGUCUAAGGAGGGGCAAGGCAUCCGCCUUGCUUUGCUUCAUGAUGGCAGCUAUUCUCUUUUGAUACACAAUACUUGAUUUAUACUGCUUUAUUUAGCCGUUCAGACUGUGGUCAUUUUCAUGACGGCUAUGAUGAAGAGCCAGCGGAGAAGCAUGUCUUUUGUGACUCUGUCCAAAGGGGGCACUACAAGAGCUCCUGUUUCUGCGCGGCUGGGACUUUGGAUCGUCGUACUCGAAGUCAUCAUUCAAAAUGUGUGCGCUCUCAAGGAUGGCGACUGCCUGCGCGCGGACUCGGCGUCGUACUUCCAGCUGUCUCCCGGGGGCUACGACCCGACCAAAGGCAUGGACGGCGCCCGCUGCCAGAACCUGUGUGCCUCAAUAUCGGCGCCCUACUCGGGCAUCCAGUCCAACCGAUACUGUCUCUGCUCCGACGAUCCAUUCGCGGAGCGGCUGACGGCCACCAAGAAGGACGUGUGCGACAAGGGCGAGCAGCUGUCGACACGCUUCUUCCACUCCGACCUGUUCUCGCCCGUCGAGGGGCUGCGCGUGAUGCCGUCGUCCUCAGUGGUGAGCGUGGGCGAGGAAGUGACGCUGCACCUGGCCGUCAAGUCCGGCCGCAAUGCCACGGUGCUGUUCAACUUCGGCGACGGGCUGCCCGGCACGCGGGGCACGCUGAACAGCGAGCCCCGUUACAUCUACUGGAGGCCAGGCACCUACAAGAUCGUCGUGCUCGCUACGCCCGUCGGUGCCUCGGACUUGUAUACAGUACGAGCGGAGGCCAUGGUGGUUGUGACCACAGCUCCAGACGAGGACUCGGUGCACUGGAAUUGCCCCGCACUGGUGGAGCCCGGAGCGGGUUUCACCUGCCACCUGAGCGUGAGCGCGGGCGCAGACAUGACCGCCGAUGUUGACCCUGGCGACGGCUCACGGCGUCAGGUCAUGAAGCUGCCCGACGUGGUGCCCGUGUCCAUGGGCGAGCCGGUGCCCCAGUUCCAGACGGAUGAGAUCGUGGCGGAUGAAGACGACACUGCCGACUCCGGUGUCCUGCCGAUGGCACGCACCGUGCACUCGGCCCAGAUUGACGUCAUCCACGGAUACGGAAGCGUCGCGGGAAAGAUGGACAUACUGCUGUUGCGUCCCACGUGCCAAGGCUGCACGUUCCUGGGCAACAACGUCACCUGCCACGAGGGGGCCUCACUGUGCUCUCAGGAAGCCAACUGCCUGCGCAGCGACCAGUGUCCCAAGAAUGAGGUGUACUCCAUCUACAAGAUGGUCGAAACAAUCUCCAUCAUGGUCAACAAGGGGUACUUCGUGCACCGCCUGUCCAGCCCCGUGCCCAUAGUAGCCGGAGACAUCCUGGGCUUCACAACUUCGGGCGGCCGGUUGGCCUACCGAGCCACUCGCAGCGGCGAGCCUUCGGACUUGGUCAAACGCAAUCAGCUUAAAGGCCAGGCCGUCCGCACCGACGACCUGCUGGAGAUGGGACGGCGCUACCUGGUCGGCGCUCUGCUCACCUCUUCUGUGAACCUCACCUACGACUACCUCUACGUGGAGCCCGGCGCAUACGAGUUCAGAAUUAGUCUACAAAACAGGCACCACGACACUACCGUACGCAAGAUGGCGGACGUGAGUAGCCAAGAGAAAUUGACCAGCUUCCGCCUGGACGUGUCCAGGAAUCAAGUGCCGACAGGGACCGAAGUCGAGAUUACUGCACGCAUGUUUGGUGGGAGUGACGUCACAAUGAUGUGGAAUUUCGGUGAUGGCCACACCACUAAGGAAGUUGUUAAAAGCGUCCUGGCGGGACAGCGUUUCCUGAAGAAGCACAUCUUCAAGGAGCCCGGCACGUACGUGGUGCAAGUGAAUUCGUCCAACUUGCACGGGAACUUCAUCGCCCGCCGAAGUGUGUCCGUCCAGAGGCCCGUCACUGAGGCCUGGGAGCUCUUCACGAACUCUCCGGUCAUCCUUCCGGAGGCCAUCUACCUGACAUUGACUUACCCCAAAACGGAGAAGCUUCCCACAGACGCCGUGGCGCGAAUAGCGUUCGGCGACCGCCAGAAGACCAAGUGGAAAGUGCCCAGCGAGUCCGCCGAGAAAGUUUCGCAGAAGUUCAGCCACGUGUACCUUCGGCCGGGCCAUUACAACGUUGCCGUCAACAUCUCCAACCUGAUAUCGCACUACGUUCUCACGACCAGGGUGGAGACGGCCACCCGCACCACGGGUCUCCUGGCGAAGGUCCAGUUCCAGCCGACGGACGACGCACCGCUUCGGGUCGGGCUCGGCUCAGCCAACGACAUUUUCCCGACCACACGACCCGUCGUGUUCACGGUCAAGACGGGAACCGGCGUUGUGGAAAUGUUCAUAAUCGAGACUGCCAAGGGCCAACUUCUGGCCAACUGGCACGGGCAAGCAACUGAAGUAUACGCUCAACUUUCCUGAGCCAGGCCAGCACGACGUAUUUGUGUACGCCUGGAACCACGUGCAACACAGGACAGAUCCCUUCGUCGUCAGUUUCCGUAGCAUGGAACCCAUUGAAGGACUGGAUGUGUACAUGAAC